UUCCCUUUUGACAAUUUCACGUACUGUUUAACUCUCUUUCCAAAGUGCUUUUCAUCUUUCCCUCACGGUACUUGUUCGCUAUCGGUCUCUCCCCAAUAUUUAGCUUUAGAUGGAAUUUACCACCCAUUUGGAGCUGCAUUCCCAAACAACUCGACUCGUCGAAGAUGUAUCACAAAGCCUUGGGCGUCCACAUCAAGUACGGGGUUAUCACCCUCUAUGACACUCCUUUCCAGGAGACUUGUACGUGGUCCAACGCGGAAAACAUCUCUCGAAAUUACAAUGCGGACCGUGAGGCCAGCUUUCAAAUUUGAGCUCAUCCCGCUUCACUCGCCGUUACUAGGGGAAUCCUUGUUAGUUUCUUUUCCUCCGCUUAUUGAUAUGCUUAAGUUCAGCGGGUAG